AUGCUUGGUGAUGCUUCACCUAAAAGAUAUGUUACCGAAGCGAACACAGUUUCCGUUAGUAGUUCAAAUAUUAAUUCCAUUACAAAUGGAAUAAUUGCAUGCAAUCGAUCUGGAGAUAACAAUGCUAUAUUUAUCAGUUUUGCUUCAUUUGAACAACAAAUGGAUUCAGGUUGUGUUUACUUUAUUAAUGGAAAAUUUGUAUGGAAUAAAAAGCCAAAUAAUGAUGUUAACAAUAUACUAGAACAAGAAGUUUUCGUAUCAUUUCAAUGUAAUGUAUUAUCAGCUCCAGUUGUUGAAGGAGAUAAUAUCAUGUUCAAAUCGCAAGCAAUAGAAUUUAAUGAAAAAAAUCAUACAGAAAUUCCAAUAACAUGUAUUUGUUCUACACAAAAUUCAAGAAUAUAUGGAAAAGUAAACAAAUUACAAAAAGGAAAUAAAAUUGAUAUCAUGGGAAACUUGACCAAAAAUGAUGAAGAAAUUACAGUUUUAGUUAACUAUAUUGUAUAUGUCAACAAUACAAUCAAUUUUUCUUCUAUGGAAAAAAAGGAUCUCAGCAAAAUUCCAUGGUUAAAUUCGUCUGGUCUUAAAACAACUG